GCUGAAGCAGGAGGAGCAGCUCAGGGAGAAGGUCAGCGUCACCCCAAGCUUUCGAAGGCCAAGCAGGUUCACAGCGGAGGGAAAGCUUCGACAGUCGACGCCGAACAAGCCCUUGUGGACUAUAUCAACGAUCAGCGCAAGAAGCACCGCGGUUGCGGUAACCGGGAGGUGAUGAACAAGCUGCUCGAGUUGAAGCCUGACGCCCUUGGCGGGAUGCCGGCGAACGUGAAACCCGAGGAGGCGCUGGCUUUCAAGGUCAAAUUCAACUCCUGGUACCAACGGUUUCGCAGCAAGCGGUAUGGGUUCAGCAUCCGCCGGCGUACCAGCGUGGGCCAGAAACUGUCGAAGGGGUACGAGGGUAUGGCGUGGGCGACGGGGAUGAAGCUGCGCGAGGCUCUCGUAAAGCGCGCCGGUGAGAUCUACGCUCGGCGCCACCCGCCGGCACCUGACGAGAGCCCCAUCAAAGGAGAGGAUCUGACUUCCGAGCAGCUGGCGUCUGUGGGGGCGGAGGUUUUUGAGGAACUCGGUAACAUGGACCGACGCCAGACCAGCACGAGAUGCCGGUGGAGACCACUCUGGAGAAGACCGGUGCGAAGGAUGCUCGCAUCAGCACAGGAGGAGAAGAGCUGGAGUGACCAGCGGGAGUGCAACGGGUGGAUCCCGGGCAGCUGGAAGCUCCGUCCCAACAACGGCAGCAUCGUCCAGCAGCGCCCGUGCAUCCUGGAGCUGGACGACUUCAAGUGCCACAAGGACGAGGGUUUCAUCGCCGCCCUCAAGAGAGUCGCUAACACCAUCACGAUAGAUACAGACAGGGUCGGGUGGCGAGUGGUGCCGACGCUUCGAAGUACCGAGCACGGCACCACACCCCACCCGACCCUGCUGGUUUCAGCGACGCCCACCACGGACGUAACCACCUUCCACGUCGACGAUCUUCCAUCGUGCAUGUUGCCUCCAUUCUUGGCCAUGUCGUUCGGGUUCGGGAGUCUCAUGUUCUUCAUCCAGACGAACGCCUUGGAUACGUGGUCCGGUAACGGGUCUGCCAUGCUGGCAAGGCUCGCCGCCAACCUCCCUUCCUUCCCGAGCGUCAGGGGGCUGUUCGUCUUCACCCGUCAGAGACUUUUCGGGCUCCCAGUAGUGACCUGGCAGUGGGUCUCCUUCAUGAAUCUGGCGCCGUGCGUCGCGCUUAGUUGCUUCUGGCUAUUGCUCAUCCUCUGCCGGCGUUUGUGCCUGGGGCCCGUGGGCGCUCACCAGGUCGACCCCGGGCGCGUGGGAGUCGACCACAGAGUCGAGAAGAUGUGUCUGGCUUUCAACGCUCUCUCCGACCGCGUGGCGGAAGUGGAGCAAGGUGGAGCGGCCGACCGUUUCAAGGGAUUGCUUUCCUUCGCGAUCGAUGAUGCCGUCGCGGCCUCGGAGGAGCGGAUGAAGCGCGUGUUCCUCUUCCUGCGAGAGGAGGAGAGGGAAAGGUGGCAGAGAUACCGAGAAGUUGGUAAGGAGAGUUGUUGCGGAAGCCCUGAAGGAGGACCGCGAGCCGAAGUGGAAGUAGAAGCUCAACCUCAUCGGGGGCAGGGUUCUCUGAUCCGUGAACGACAGGCUUCGUGCGGUGCUUUCCAGCGACGACGAGGAGCAUGCCAUGGCCGUUCAAAAGGCGCGGCUCGCAGCAGCAACCGCCGACCCUGACGACGAGGACGAGAGUGAGGAGCUCCUGAAGCUGAACUGGAGGAACAAGCUGGCGACAAUGCCGCCGUUUGCCGUUGUGGCGAAGGCGACGGACGACGAUGCCAUGGGGGAUGUGGCGAUGGCGAUGGCCGCUCACUGCGAGGUCCUGAAAAGGA